CCGAAGGCUCAUGUUUCGAGACGAUACGAGGUCUCGCGCCGCUGCCUCUGCUCCAGGGAUAUCGGCGGGACCUCUUCCCGGCUCCAAGGUGGCUUCUCCGGCCAGCCGUGGGCCCCCAAAGCCGAAAGGUAGUAGCGUGGGGAACGUCUUCACGAAGAACGGGGCUUCAAACGAGUCGGCAAAUUCAUCCCCGCGACGAACAUGGAUGUACGGCUCAGAGCCAUCGGCAUACCCUCGCCGGCUGUCUCCCGACGAUCUAACCCACGUUCUCGGGCCCAUACGGCCGUCGUCAUCAUUUUCACCGACAGCGUCGCAGGCGAACCGCAAUUUCUCGGCGUCCGCUACAUCUGGCGGUCCGUCCAGUGCGAACAUUCCAGACGAGGUGACCUCGUUGAUCGGUUUUACCGUCUGGUCAGGCUCAGCGUCCCUUUCAGCCGGAGACUCGUAUGCCUUGUUUUCCCCUGCUGUUCCAGUCUCGCAUCUAGGCGAGUUUUCUCCUUGAUUGAGCGCGGUGAGGAUUUCCUCGAUAUCCACCGAACCCUCGUCGUCCAUGGCGCGCUCCGUGGGC